ACGAUUAGCACCACUUCCUCGGCCAGCACAAGUCACCAAGGACGUCCAAGCAGUCCUCGAAGGAAGAAGAAAAAUGGCAUUCGGAGCACCAGGCGGUCGUGGAGGCUUUGGCGGUGGACGUGGCGGCGGACGAGGAGGCGGAGGCGGACGUGGGGCGCCUAGAGGUGGCGGUGGAAGAGGUGGAGGACGUGGCGGAGGCUUCUCAGGACGCGGCGGCGGCGGCGGCUUUGGGGGUGGCGGCGGUGGACGGGGUGCACCACGCGGGCGCGGCGGAGGCAGGGGAGGCGGACGUGGCGGCGCGAGAGGCGGCGCGAAGGUGAUCAUCGAGCCGCACAAGCACGCGGGGAUCUUCAUCGCCAAGGGCAAGGACCAGCUGCUCGUCACGAAGAACCUCGUCCCCGGCGAGUCUGUUUAUGGCGAGAAGCGUAUCUCGAUCGAGGGUGAUGUUGAGGGCACCAAGACGGAGUAUAGGGUUUGGAACCCGUUCCGCAGCAAGCUGGCUGCCGGCGUGCUGGGCGGGUUGUCGUCGGUGUAUAUUGCGCCGGGCAAGAAGGUGUUGUAUCUAGGUGCGGCGAGUGGGACGAGUGUUAGUCAUGUUGCGGACAUCGUUGGGCCGGAGGGUCUUGUGUAUGCUGUCGAGUUCUCGCCCCGGUCAGGUCGUGACCUGAUCGGCAUGGCCAAAAAGCGGACCAAUGUCAUCCCCAUUGUCGAGGAUGCCCGUCUGCCCAACAAAUACCGCAUGCUGCUGUCAACGGUCGACGUCAUCUUUGCGGACGUUGCGCAGCCCGACCAGGCGCGUAUUGUCAUUCACAAUGCGCAGUCGUUCCUCAAGGACGGUGGGCACAUUGUCAUCUCCAUCAAGGCGAGCUGUAUCGAUUCGACGAUCGCGCCCUCGGCAGUGUUUGCGUCGGAGGUGCAGGUGCUAAGAAAAAACCGGCUGAAGCCGAUUGAGCAGAUUACUCUCGAGCCUUAUGAGCGUGACCACGCUAUGGUUACUGCUGUUUACCAAAGACAUCUGGCGGCUGAGAGUUAGUCUGCUCGUUUCUUUUGUUAUGUUUCAUGCUUCAUGUAUUCGCGUAAUGUUCUGUCAACUCCUUCAAAUAUCCCUGUAUGCUCCAUGCACUUUGUUGUAAGGACAAAAUGACACCAGGCUCGCGUCAGUAGCCGUUGUGUAGGAGUCUGUUGGAGUUUGCAACGAC